GUAUAAAAUGCCUCCUUGAGUUGCCUCAGAGCUAGUUUACAGACAACCUGCAAAGGAGAUAUGGUGAUCCUCUGACAUUCAGCAGGCUAAAGGUGUUAGCUUCGUAAGCAUCUCACCAUGGCUUCAUUUGUUGCACUGUUACUGAGUUUACCCGUUGCACUGACAUGCGCGCCACAAAAAGCAGACUAUGUUGUAGUCUCCUGUUUUCCYAACGCCAUCAUCGCCAAUGUGCCAGAGUGUCCUUAUGGCUGGGAGAUAGACCAGCUGUCCCUGGGCGGAGUGUGUUACACUGGAAUACACAGCCCAGGGUACUACCGCUUCAUCAUACCAGACCUAACACCAAGAAACCAUUCGUACUGCGGCACACAAUCUGAGUAUAUGCCAGGCAAAGAUGCCAAGUACAUAUUCUACAACUCCAUCGUCUCCAAUGAUACUUCACUGACGGUCAGAAACCAGCCKGUCAACUACACCUUCAGCUGCGUGUACCGAGCAGCCUACCUGGUAAAUAAUGCAGUCUUCAGUCAGAGUGUUUUUACUAAACCCUCUGCUUUUUCUAGAGUUGCUACAGUUUAUGUCAACAAUGGGAGUUUAGGGACUUUUAGAUCACAGUUGUCUAUGAACGUGUUCACGAACUCUAAGUUCCUGUAUGCUAAGGACGCUCCCUAUGUGAUUGACACCUCUGAGAUUGGCUCUGAAGUUUUUAUCGGUAUUGAAGCAAAAGGUCUAAGUAAUAGGUUCAAAGUUGUUAUCAACAACUGCUGGGCGACUCCAACUCCUUACUCAACAGACAGAAAGAGGUGGAGUCUUAUCAUCAACAGCUGUCCUGCUGACUACACGGUGACCAUUUUCGAUAACGCCAAGGACAGCCGCUCCACGUUUAAGUUCAACUCCUUCCGCUUCCAGCGACUGGAGAAGGUGUCCACCGUGUGGCUUCACUGUGAGGUCCACAUCUGUGAUGCAGAGAGGCUGGUCUGUCAGCCUAGCCCGUGCUCUAAGAGGUCCCUGUCGUCAGAAAUAGAACCGAGUGGAGGGAUCCUCACCACUGAGUUUCAGAUUAAAGCCAGCGAGUCUUCUAAUAAUGGGCACACAACAGGUAAACACAGGGAGUAACAAUACCUGGCUGAAAUGUGUUUGAACAGUGAUGUUCUGGUCUAUGAUUU